AGGCUGGUGAGUUACUAAAGACCUGUAUUACUCUCUUCAGAGCUUUGGGCCAUUAACAAGAUCCCUGGGACCUACUCUGAGCACGUGGCUCUCCAGGGACGUCACUUCUGAGCACUCUAUUUUGGGCAUGUUCUCAGAGUUGAAGUUCCCCGUGCCAUGGGGCCACGUGGCAGCCAAGGCCUGGGGACCCUCAGAGGGGCACCCCGUGCUGUGCUUGCAUGGCUGGCUGGACAACGCUAACACCUUUGACAAGCUCAUUCCACUGCUCCCCAGAGAUCGCUAUUAUGUGGCAAUGGAUUUUUCUGGCCAUGGCCUGUCAUCCCACCGACCUGCAGGCUCCCCCUACCAUUUUCUGGAUUACGUGAGCGAUGUGCGCCGGGUGGCAGCAGCCUUGCAGUGGAGACGGUUCACCCUGAUGGGUCACAGUAUGGGUGGGUCUGUGGCAGGAAUGUUCUGUUUCCUUUAUCCUGAGAUGGUGGACAAGCUGAUCCUGCUGGAAAGUGUUGGCUUUCUGCUGGCUCCAGAGGACACCGAGGCAUGGCUGAAAUCAAAACGGAUGGUGAUUGACACAUUACUGAGUCUAGAGGCAAAGCAGCAAACUCCCAAAGCACGGAGCCCUGAAGCAGCAUUGCAGAGGCUCUUAGAAGCAAACAGCCAUCUGACAGCGGAGGGUGGGGCAAUCCUACUGCAGCGAGGAGCAACUGAGACACCCGCUGGGCUGGUUUAUAACAGAGACAUGAGAGUCCGUACGCAGAGUCGAGAGUCCUUCACGGCAGAGCAGUGCGUGAAGCUCCUGCAGAAGAUUCAGGACCGCGUUCUCAUCAUUGUAGCACAAGAUGGACUCUUGGUACCAUACAAGCUAGACAGCAGAAAUCACUUUGUGAAAGCCCUGUGGGAGGCGUUCCAGUCUACCCUCAAAGAGCACAUCCAGCUAGUAGAGGUGCCUGGGAGUCAUUUUGUACACCUGAAUGAGCCCAAGGUGGUGUCUGGGAUCAUCAGCAACUUCCUGACGACGCAGAAUGCCAGGCUGUAGGAAGAAGGAUCACUGCUGCAGCAGUCCAGGAGAACAGGGAACUAAAAAGCAGGCUCUAGGGCAAUUGUCACCAUUCCUACCUCACAUCCAACAUUAGUUUCAUGAUUCUUUUUCCUAAGCUUAGCUCACUGCAGGGUGGAAGCGGGUUUGCUGGGGGUUCCCUGGAGGAGGGUGACGCGAAGUAUCUCAGUUGUCAAAGGGAAAAGGAAUUCCC